UGGUCAUCAGUAUCACCACUGUUAACAUACUUUAGUAGCACCACACACAGAUGAGAAAAGAGAAAUUUCUAGAACUGAAAUGCAAAACAGUAAGACGUUCGCUACUUCUCAAAUUGCCAUUCAGAAAGAUUAUCCUGCAUUAUUCUCUGAUCAUAAAACAGAAUAUCGAAAACAUGAAAGUAGACAGGACUAAGCUGAAAAAGACACCUACUGAGGCUCCUGCAGACUGCAGAGCCUUAAUAGACAAACUCAAAGUUUGUAAUGAUGAGCAACUCCUCUUGGAACUGCAACAGAUCAAAACAUGGAACAUUGGAAAGUGUGAGUUAUACCACUGGGUGGAUUUGUUGGACCGCUUUGAUGGAAUUCUGGCAGAUGCUGGACAAACAGUGGAGAAUAUGUCAUGGAUGCUCGUGUGUGAUAGGCCAGAGAGAGAACAACUGAAAAUGCUUCUCUUGGCUGUGUUGAACUUCACAGCCUUGCUCAUUGAGUACAGCUUUUCCCGGCAUCUGUACAGUUCCAUAGAGCAUUUGACAACUUUAUUGGCUUCUUCUGAUAUGCAAGUGGUGCUGGCAGUCCUUAAUCUUCUGUAUGUAUUUAGCAAAAGAUCAAACUACAUCACACGCCUUGGAUCUGACAAGAGAACCCCACUGCUAACCCGGCUGCAACACUUGGCAGAGAGCUGGGGUGGAAAGGAGAAUGGCUUUGGACUUGCAGAAUGUUGCAGAGACUUGCAUAUGAUGAAAUACCCACCCAGUGCAACUACACUACACUUUGAAUUCUAUGCAGACCCUGGAGCCGAGGUCAAAAUUGAGAAAAGGACAACUAGUAACACACUACAUUAUAUUCACAUAGAACAACUUGACAAGAUUUCAGAAAGCCCUUCUGAAAUCAUGGAAUCUCUUACCAAAAUGUACAGCAUUCCUAAGGAUAAACAGAUGCUGUUAUUUACACACAUACGGCUGGCCCAUGGCUUUUCUAAUCACAGGAAGCGAUUACAAGCUGUUCAAGCCAGGCUGCAUGCUAUAUCUAUAUUAGUGUAUUCCAAUGCUUUGCAGGAGUCCGCAAACAGUAUCUUGUAUAAUGGGUUGAUAGAGGAGUUGGUAGAUGUCCUUCAGAUAACAGAUAAGCAACUUAUGGAGAUUAAAGCUGCUUCUUUACGGACAUUAACAUCAAUUGUCCAUUUGGAGAGAACUCCCAAACUCAGCAGUAUUAUUGACUGUACUGGAACUGCUUCUUACCAUGGAUUUUUGCCUGUACUUGUGCGGAACUGCAUCCAGGCCAUGAUUGAUCCUUCCAUGGAUCCAUACCCUCACCAGUUUGCCACUGCUCUCUUCUCUUUUUUAUACCAUCUGGCCAGCUAUGAUGCAGGUGGUGAAGCCUUGGUCUCCUGUGGAAUGAUGGAAGCCUUAUUGAAGGUCAUAAAGUUUCUUGGCGAUGAACAGGAUCAGAUAACAUUUGUCACCAGAGCCGUCAGAGUGGUUGACCUCAUCACCAACCUGGACAUGGCAGCUUUUCAAUCCCAUAGUGGACUUUCUAUCUUCAUUUAUAGACUUGAGCAUGAAGUAGAUUUGUGCCGAAAAGAAUGUCCAUUUGUGAUCAAGCCAAAGAUCCAGAGACCUAGUACUACACAAGAAGGAGAAGAAAUGGAAACUGAUAUGGAUGUUGCAGAUGUGACUAUGGAAAGCAGUCCAGGCUUAUCCAUAUCUAUGGAGCACCGGCUAGAUGUUGACUUAAGAGCAUCAAGUUCCAGCAGCAGCAUUAACAUCUCUUCUGGCUCUGCACCUGGCCCCCGUCCUGGAGUCCAGUGUAUUCCACAAAGAGCAGCACUUCUCAAAUCCAUGUUGAAUUUCCUCAAGAAAGCCAUUCAAGACCCUGCUUUCUCAGACGGCAUACGCCAUGUGAUGGAUGGCUCUCUCCCUACCUCCCUGAAGCACAUCAUCAGCAAUGCAGAAUACUAUGGCCCAUCACUCUUCCUCCUAGCUACUGAAGUGGUGACUGUGUUUGUAUUUCAAGAACCAUCACUGCUUUCCUCACUGCAGGACAAUGGAUUAACAGAUGUCAUGCUUCAUGCAUUGCUUAUCAAAGAUGUUCCUGCUACCCGUGAAGUCCUUGGCUCCCUCCCAAAUGUAUUUAGUGCACUCUGCUUGAAUGCCCGAGGUCUUCAGUCAUUUGUACAGUGUCAGCCUUUUGAACGUCUUUUCAAAGUUCUUCUAUCUCCAGAUUACCUCCCAGCCAUGCGAAGGAGGAGGAGUUCUGAUCCUCUUGGGGAUACUGCAUCUAACCUGGGGAGUGCUGUUGAUGAGCUCAUGAGACAUCAGCCUACCCUCAAAACAGAUGCAACGACUGCAAUCAUCAAGUUACUUGAAGAAAUUUGUAAUCUUGGAAGAGACCCUAAAUACAUCUGUCAGAAGCCAUCAAUCCAGAAAGCAGAUGGCACUGCCACUGCUCCUCCUCCACGGUCUAAUCAUGCUGCAGAAGAGGCCUCUAGUGAGGAUGAGGAGGAAGAAGAAGUACAGGCCAUGCAGAGCUUUAAUUCUGCCCAACAGAAUGAAACUGAGCCUAAUCAGCAGGUUGUUGGUACAGAAGAACGUAUUCCUAUUCCCCUCAUGGAUUACAUCCUUAAUGUGAUGAAAUUUGUGGAAUCUAUUCUGAGCAACAAUACAACAGAUGACCACUGCCAGGAAUUUGUGAAUCAGAAAGGGCUCUUGCCUUUGGUCACCAUUUUGGGUCUUCCCAAUCUGCCCAUUGAUUUUCCCACAUCUGCAGCCUGUCAGGCUGUUGCAGGUGUCUGCAAAUCCAUAUUGACACUGUCACAUGAACCCAAAGUUCUUCAGGAGGGUCUCCUUCAAUUGGACUCCAUCCUUUCAUCCUUGGAGCCGUUACACCGCCCAAUUGAAUCCCCUGGGGGCUCAGUGUUGUUGCGAGAAUUGGCUUGUGCCGGCAAUGUUGCUGAUGCUACCCUCUCAGCUCAGGCCACACCUCUACUGCAUGCACUUACUGCUGCCCAUGCCUACAUCAUGAUGUUUGUUCAUACUUGCAGAGUUGGACAGAGUGAAAUUCGUUCCAUCUCCGUAAAUCAGUGGGGUUCCCAGUUGGGUCUGAGUGUUCUGAGCAAGCUGAGCCAGUUAUAUUGCUCCCUGGUAUGGGAAAGCACUGUCCUCCUCUCCCUGUGUACCCCAAACAGAAUUUCAGCUAUGUCUUUUGCUCUUAAAAGUAGUGACCUUAUAAAGAAAGAGGUCUGCAGUGUCGCCCAUUCACCAGAACCUUAUGGGGAACAGGAUGGAACAGCUGCAAGUAUGGAUGCUUCUACCCAGGGCUUAUUAGAAGGUAUUGGGCUUGAUGGUGAUACGUUGGCUCCCAUGGAGACAGAUGAACCUACUGCUUCAGAUUCUAAGGGCAAAUCUAAAAUCACACCUGCUAUGGCUGCCAGAAUCAAGCAAAUCAAGCCUUUGUUGUCAGCUUCCUCCAGAUUAGGCCGAGCACUUGCUGAGCUAUUUGGACUCCUUGUUAAACUUUGUGUGGGGUCUCCUGUCCGCCAGAGAAGGAGCCACCAUGCUGCCAGCACCACCACAGCACCGACACCUGCUGCUCGAUCCACAGCCUCAGCCCUCACUAAGCUCCUCACAAAGGGCUUAUCUUGGCAACCUCCACCAUAUACACCUACUCCCCGCUUCAGGCUGACAUUCUUCAUCUGUUCAGUUGGUUUUACAUCUCCAAUGCUGUUUGAUGAGAGGAAAUAUCCUUACCACCUCAUGCUGCAAAAAUUUCUCUGCUCUGGAGGCCACAAUGCUCUUUUUGAAACUUUCAACUGGGCUCUGUCCAUGGGAGGCAAAGUUCCUGUUGCUGAGGGAUUAGAACAUUCAGAUUUACCUGAUGGCACAGGAGAAUUCCUAGAUGCCUGGCUAAUGCUAGUGGAGAAGAUGGUGAAUCCCACCACGGUGCUUGAAUCUCCACAUUCACUGCCUGCCAAAUUGCCUGGAGGCGUCCAGAACUUUCCACAAUUCAGUGCUCUCCGCUUCCUUGUGGUAACUCAGAAAGCAGCCUUUACUUGCAUCAAGAACCUGUGGAACCGGAAACCCCUGAAGGUAUAUGGUGGGCGAAUGGCUGAGUCCAUGCUGGCCAUCCUAUGCCACAUUCUCCGAGGAGAACCUGUGAUUCGAGAGAGACUAAGCAAAGAGAAGGAGGGGUCUCGAGGAGAAGAGGACACAGGGCAAGAAGAAGGUGGCUCUCGCCGAGAACCUCAAGUCAACCAGCAACAGUUGCAACAGCUCAUGGACAUGGGCUUCACAAGGGAACAUGCCAUGGAGGCCCUCUUGAAUACCAGCACCAUGGAGCAGGCCACAGAGUACCUUCUAACCCACCCUCCUCCAAUCAUGGGAGGAGUUGUUCGAGAUCUGAGUAUGUCCGAGGAGGACCAGAUGAUGAGAGCAAUUGCCAUGUCUCUGGGACAGGAUAUCCCAAUGGAUCAAAGAGCAGAAUCACCUGAGGAAGUUGCUUGUCGAAAAGAGGAGGAGGAACGGAAAGCUCGGGAAAAACAGGAAGAGGAAGAAGCUAAAUGUCUAGAGAAGUUCCAGGAUGCUGAUCCAUUAGAACAAGAUGAGCUCCACACGUUCACAGAUACCAUGUUGCCAGGCUGCUUUCACCUUCUUGAUGAGCUACCGGACACAGUGUACCGGGUGUGUGAUCUGAUCAUGACUGCAAUCAAACGUAAUGGAGCUGACUAUCGAGACAUGAUUCUGAAGCAAGUAGUCAAUCAGGUGUGGGAAGCUGCUGAUGUAUUGAUCAAAGCUGCUCUUCCCCUGACAACGAGUGACACAAAAACUGUGUCAGAGUGGAUCAGUCAGAUGGCCACCCUGCCCCAAGCCUCCAAUUUGGCUACUAGAAUCUUGCUUUUAACACUACUGUUUGAGGAGUUGAAGCUACCUUGUGCCUGGGUGGUUGAAUCUAGUGGCAUCCUUAACGUCCUAAUCAAACUCUUGGAAGUGGUUCAGCCCUGUCUACAGGCUGCCAAGGAGCAAAAGGAAGUCCAGACCCCAAAGUGGAUCACCCCAGUGUUGCUCCUGAUAGAUUUCUAUGAAAAGACAGCCAUUUCUUCAAAAAGGAGAGCCCAAAUGACUAAGUAUCUACAGUCCAACAACAACAACUGGCGCUGGUUUGAUGACCGCUCUGGGCGUUGGUGUAGUUACAGUGCAAGCAACAACAGCACUAUUGAUUCUGCCUGGAAAUCUGGAGAGACAAGUGUACGUUUCACUGCAGGCCGAAGAAGAUACACUGUCCAAUUCACUACAAUGGUGCAGGUUAAUGAGGAAACAGGGAACCGGCGCCCUGUGAUGCUGACUCUCCUGAGGGUACCUCGGCUGAAUAAAAACUCAAAAAAUAGCAAUGGACAGGAACUAGAGAAGACACUGGAAGAAAGCAAAGAAAUGGAUAUCAAACGUAAAGAAAAUAAAGCCAGUGAUACUCCUUUGGCCCUAGAGAGUACAAAUACUGAAAAGGAGACAAGCCUGGAAGAAACAAAAAUUGGGGAGAUUCUAAUCCAGGGCCUGACAGAGGAUAUGGUGACUGUUUUAAUCCGGGCCUGUGUGAGCAUGCUAGGAGUCCCUGUGGACCCAGACACUUUGCAUGCUACCCUUCGCCUCUGCCUGAGGCUCACCCGAGACCACAAAUAUGCCAUGAUGUUUGCAGAGCUGAAGAGUACCCGCAUGAUCUUGAAUUUGACCCAGAGUUCAGGCUUCAAUGGGUUUACCCCCCUGGUCACCCUUCUUUUAAGACACAUCAUUGAGGAUCCCUGUACCCUUCGUCAUACCAUGGAAAAGGUGGUUCGCUCAGCAGCUACAAGUGGAGCUGGUAGCACUACCUCUGGUGUUGUAUCUGGCAGCCUUGGUUCUCGGGAGAUCAAUUAUAUCCUUCGUGUCCUGGGGCCAGCCGCAUGCCGCAAUCCAGACAUUUUCACUGAAGUAGCCAACUGCUGUAUCCGCAUUGCCCUUCCAGCUCCUCGAGGCUCAGGAACUGCUUCAGAUGAUGAAUUUGAGAAUCUUAGAAUUAAAGGUCCUAAUGCUGUACAACUAGUGAAGACGACCCCUUUGAAGCCCUCACCUCUGCCUGUCAUUCCUGAUACUAUCAAGGAAGUGAUCUAUGAUAUGCUGAAUGCCCUGGCUGCAUACCAUGCUCCAGAGGAAGCAGAGAAAUCUGAUCCUAAACCUGGGGGUAUGACCCAAGAGGUUGGCCAGCUCCUGCAAGACAUGGGCGAUGAUGUAUACCAGCAAUACCGGUCACUUACUCGUCAGGGCAGUGACUUUGAUACACAGUCGGGUUUUUCCAUUAAUAGUCAGGUCUUUGCUGCAGAUGGUACCUCCACUGAGACUUCCACAUCUGGGACAUCCCAAGGAGAAGCAUCAACUCCAGAGGAGUCUCGUGAUGGGAAGAAAGAUAAAGAAGGGGACCGAGCCUCUGAGGAAGGCAAGCAGAAGGGCAAAGGCAGCAAACCUUUAAUGCCCACCUCCACUAUUCUUCGUCUUCUAGCAGAGUUGGUGAGGUCCUAUGUUGGUAUUGCUACCCUGAUUGCCAACUACAGCUAUACUGUGGGCCAGUCUGAGCUGAUUAAAGAGGACUGCAGUGUGCUAGCCUUUGUGCUGGACCAUCUCCUCCCACAUACCCAGAAUGCAGAAGACAAGGACACACCUGCUCUGGCCCGCCUAUUCCUCGCAAGCCUAGCUGCUGCAGGGAGUGGCACAGAUGCCCAAGUGGCCCUUGUGAAUGAAGUAAAAGCAGCCCUGGGACGGGCACUGGCUAUGGCUGAGAGUACAGAGAAACAUGCCAGGCUUCAGGCAGUGAUGUGUAUCAUCAGUACUAUCAUGGAGUCCUGCCCCUCAACAUCCAGCUUCUACAGCAGUGCCACAGCCAAGACCCAGCACAAUGGCAUGAACAAUAUCAUUCGACUCUUCCUGAAAAAGGGACUGGUUAAUGACCUGGCAAGAGUGCCUCACAGCCUGGACCUGUCAAGUCCAAACAUGGCCAACACAGUCAAUGCUGCUUUGAAGCCUUUGGAAACACUUUCCCGGAUUGUGAACCAGCCUAGUAGCCUUUUUGGCAGCAAGAGUGCUUCUAGUAAGAGCAAGUCUGAGCAGGAUGCCCAAGGAGCUGCUCAGGACUCCAAUAGCAACCAGCAGGACCCAGGCGAGCCUGGGGAAGCAGAAGUGCAGGAGGAGGAUCAUGAUGUCACUCAGACAGAGGUGGCAGAUGGGGAUAUCAUGGAUGGGGAGGCUGAAACCGACUCAGUGGUGAUUGCUGGGCAGCCUGAGGUGCUCAGUUCACAAGAGAUGCAGGUUGAGAAUGAGCUGGAGGACCUGAUAGAUGAGUUGCUUGAGAGGGAUGGCGGAUCUGGGAACAGUACAAUUAUAGUGAGCAGAAGUGGAGAGGAUGAAUCACAAGAGGACGUGCUGAUGGAUGAAGCUCCUUCCAACCUCAGCCAAGCUUCCACCUUGCAGGCCAACCGAGAAGAUUCCAUGAAUAUCCUGGACCCUGAGGAUGAGGAGGAGCACACUCAGGAAGAGGACAGCAGUGGCAGUAACGAGGAUGAGGAUGAUAGUCAGGAUGAAGAGGAGGAGGAGGAGGAAGAUGAGGAAGAUGAUCAGGAGGAUGAUGAAGGUGAAGAGGGAGAUGAAGACGAUGACGACGAUGGCUCUGAAAUGGAAUUGGAUGAGGAUUACCCUGAUAUGAACGCUUCUCCCUUGGUCCGAUUUGAGCGCUUUGACCGGGAGGAUGAUCUCAUCAUUGAGUUUGACAACAUGUUCUCCAGUGCUACAGACAUCCCCCCAUCCCCAGGAAAUAUCCCUACCACUCACCCACUGAUGGUACGCCAUGCAGACCACAGUUCUCUGACACUGGGCAGUGGCUCCUCCACAACACGUCUCACCCAGGGCAUCGGGCGCAGUCAGAGAACCCUAAGGCAGCUGACAGCCAAUACAGGCCACACCAUUCAUGUUCAUUACCCUGGGAAUCGCCAGCCCAACCCUCCUCUUAUACUCCAGAGGUUGCUUGGUCCUUCUGCUGCUGCUGACAUCCUUCAGCUGAGCAGCAGCCUUCCCCUACAAAGCCGAGGCCGAGCCCGCCUCCUGGUGGGCAACGAUGAUGUCCACAUCAUUGCCAGAUCUGACGAUGAGCUGCUGGAUGACUUUUUCCAUGACCAGAGCACAGCUACCAGUCAAGCAGGGACCCUGUCCAGCAUCCCCACAGCCCUAACCCGCUGGACAGAGGAAUGCAAAGUUCUUGAUGCUGAGAGCAUGCAUGACUGUGUUUCAGUUGUAAAAGUGCCCAUUGUCAAUCACCUGGAAUUCCUGAGGGAUGAGGAGCUGGAAGAGAGACGGGAGAAACGCAGGAAACAAUUAGCUGAGGAAGAAACAAAAAUAACUGACAAAGGCAAAGAAGAUAAGGAGAACCGAGAUCAGAGUGCACAGUGUACUGCAUCUAAGACCAGUGACUCCACCGAACAGAACCUCUCAGAUGGAACUCCUAUGCCUGACAGCUACCCAACAACCCCAUCUUCAACCGAUGCAGCAACAUCUGAGUCCAAGGAGACCCUUGUCACUCUGCAGCCCUCACAACAUCAACAAGCACUCCCACCCCCACCAGCCUUGGGAGAGAUUCCUCAAGAGCUGCAAUCCCCAACUGGCGAAGGAGCGAGCUCUACACAGCUAUUGAUGCCUGUAGAGCCAGAGGAAUUGGGUUCCACAAGGACAAGUGGAGAAGCAGAAACAACUCAGAUGGAAUUGUCCCCAGCUCCCACUAUAACCUCUCUUUCCCCAGAGAGAGCUGAAGAUUCUGAUGCACUGACAGCUGUCAGCAGUCAACUGGAAGGCUCUCCUAUGGACACCAGUAGCCUGGCUUCCUGUACCCUAGAGGAAGCUGUGGGUGACACCUCAGCAGCUGGCAGUUCUGAGCAGCCCACAGCAGGCAGCUCCACUCCUGGGGAUGCCCCACCAGUUGUGACAGAAGUGCAAGGCAGGGGUGAUGGGUCACGGGAACCUGCCCUGCCCCCUGAGGACAGCUCUCCCCCUGCAUCCUCUGAGAGUUCUUCCACCAGAGAUUCUGCUGUGGCCAUUUCUGGAGCAGAUUCCCGGGGAAUCCUAGAGGAGCCACUGCCUUCAACAAGCAGUGAAGAAGAAGAUCCCCUUGCAGGUAUCAGUCUACCCGAAGGUGUGGACCCCUCUUUCCUGGCUGCUCUGCCUGAUGACAUUCGCCGGGAAGUCCUGCAGAACCAGCUGGGCAUUCGUCCACCAACUCGGACUGCCCCUUCAGGAAAUAACUCCGCUCCUGCAGUAGUGGGGAAUCCUGGUGUGACCGAAGUGAGCCCUGAGUUCUUGGCCGCCUUGCCUCCAGCUAUUCAGGAGGAAGUGCUGGCACAGCAAAGAGCUGAGCAACAGCGACGGGAACUGGCACAGAAUGCUAGCUCAGACACCCCCAUGGACCCUGUGACCUUCAUCCAGACCCUGCCCUCAGACCUACGCCGUAGUGUCCUAGAGGACAUGGAGGACAGUGUGUUGGCUGUGAUGCCACCUGACAUUGCAGCUGAAGCUCAAGCCCUGAGACGAGAGCAAGAAGCCCGGCAGCGACAACUCAUGCAUGAGCGGCUCUUUGGCCACAGUAGCACCUCUGCACUCUCUGCCAUUCUCCGAAGCCCGGCUUUCACCAGUCGCCUCAGUGGCAACCGUGGAGUCCAGUACACUCGCCUUGCCGUACAGAGGGGUGGCACCUUUCAGAUGGGGGGUAGCAGCAGCCAUAACAGGCCUUCUGGCAGUAAUGUGGACACUCUCCUCCGCCUCCGAGGACGACUCCUCCUGGACCACGAAGCCCUAUCCUGUCUCCUGGUCCUACUUUUCGUGGAUGAGCCAAAGCUUAAUACAAGCCGUCUACACCGAGUAUUGAGAAAUCUCUGCUACCAUGCCCAGACUCGCCACUGGGUCAUCCGCAGCCUGCUGUCCAUUUUGCAGCGCAGCAGUGAGAGUGAGCUAUGCAUUGAAACACCCAAGCUCUCCUCAAGUGAGGAGAAGGGCAAAAAGUCAAGCAAGAGCUGUGGGUCAAGCAGCCAUGAGAACCGGCCUCUGGACCUUCUACACAAGAUGGAGUCUAAGAGCUCCAACCAGCUUUCCUGGCUCUCAGUAUCCAUGGACGCAGCCCUAGGCUGCAGGACUAAUAUAUUCCAGAUCCAACGUUCAGGGGGUCGCAAACAUACUGAGAAGCAUGCAAGCAGUGGCUCCACUGUCCACAUCCACCCCCAGGCUGCUCCUGUUGUCUGCAGACAUGUUUUGGACACGCUCAUUCAGUUGGCCAAGGUAUUUCCCAGCCACUUUACACAGCAGCGGACCAAAGAAACAAACUGUGAGAGCGAUCGGGAAAGGGGCAGUAAGCAGGCUUGCAGCCCAUGCUCUUCACAGUCCACCAGCAGUGGCAUUUGCACAGACUUCUGGGACUUAUUGGUAAAACUGGACAACAUGAAUGUCAGCCGGAAAGGCAAGAACUCCGUGAAGUCAGUGCCAGUGAGCGCUGGUGGUGAGGGGGAAACCUCCCCAUACAGCCUCGAGGCCUCUCCACUGGGGCAGCUCAUGAACAUGUUGUCACACCCAGUCAUCCGCCGGAGCUCUCUCUUAACUGAGAAACUCCUCAGACUCCUUUCUCUCAUCUCAAUUGCUCUCCCAGAAAACAAAGUGUCAGAAGCACAGGCUAAUUCUGGCAGCAGUGCUUCCACCACUGUUGCCACUUCAACCACAUCUACCACCACUACCACUGCCACCUCCAGCACGCCCACUCCCCCUGCUGCAACCACCCCUGUCACUUCUGCUCCGGCUCUGGUUGUUGCCACGGCUAUAUCCACCAUUGCCGUAGCUGCUUCGACCACGGUGACUACCCCCACAACUGCUACCACUACUGUUUCAACUUCUACAACUACUAAGGCCAGCAAAUCUCCAGCAAAGGUGGGUGAUGGGGGCAGCAGCAGUGCAGACUUUAAGAUGGUAUCCUCUGGCCUCACCGAAAACCAGCUACAGCUCUCUGUGGAGGUGUUGACGUCACACUCUUGUUCCGAAGAAGGUCUGGAGGAUGCAGCCAAUGUGUUACUACAGCUCUCUCGGGGGGACCCUGCAACCCGGGACACUGUUCUCAAGCUGCUACUGAAUGGAGCUCGCCAUCUGGGCUAUACUCUUUGUAAACAGAUAGGUACCCUUCUGGCUGAGUUACGGGAAUACAACCUAGAACAGCAGCGGCGAGCCCAGUGUGAGACCCUCUCUCCUGAUGGCCUACCUGAGGAGCAGCCACAGACCACCAAGCUGAAAGGCAAAAUGCAGAGCAGGUUUGACAUGGCUGAGAAUGUGGUAAUUGUGGCAUCUCAGAAGCGACCUCUGGGUGGCCGGGAGCUCCAGCUGCCUUCUAUGUCCAUGUUGACAUCCAAGACGUCUACCCAGAAGUUCUUCUUGAGGGUACUGCAGGUCAUCAUCCAGCUCCGGGACGACACACGCCGAGCUAACAAGAAAGCCAAGCAGACAGGCAGGCUAGGUUCCUCCGGUUUAGGCUCAGCUAGCAGCAUCCAGGCAGCUGUUCGGCAGCUGGAGGCUGAGGCUGAUGCCAUUAUACAAAUGGUACGUGAGGGUCAAAGGGCGCGGAGACAGCAACAAGCAGCAACGUCGGAGUCAAGCCAGUCAGAGGCCUCUGCCCGGAGGGAAGAGUCACCCAUGGAUGUGGACCAGCCAUCUCCCAGUGCUCAGGAUACUCCAUCCAUUGGCUCCGAUGGAACCUCACAGGGGGAGAAGGAGGAGAGGCCACCCGAGUUACCCCUGCUCAGUGAGCAACUGAGCUUGGACGAGCUAUGGGACAUGCUGGGAGAGUGUCUAAAGGAACUGGAGGAAUCCCAUGACCAGCAUGCCGUGCUAGUGCUACAGCCUGCUGUCGAGGCCUUCUUCCUGGUCCAUGCCACAGAGCGAGAAAGCAAGCCUCCUGUUCGAGACACCCGUGAGAGCCAGCUGGCACACAUCAAGGACGAGCCGCCUCCACUCUCCCCUGCACCCUUAACCCCAGCCACUCCUUCCUCCCUUGACCCAUUCUUCUCCAGGGAGCCCUCGUCUAUGCACAUCUCCUCAAGCCUACCCCCUGACACACAGAAGUUCCUUCGCUUUGCAGAGACUCACCGCACUGUGUUAAACCAGAUCCUACGGCAGUCCACCACCCACCUCGCUGAUGGGCCGUUUGCUGUCCUGGUAGACUACAUUCGAGUCCUCGACUUUGAUGUCAAGCGCAAAUAUUUCCGCCAAGAGCUAGAACGUUUGGAUGAGGGGCUUCGGAAAGAAGACAUGGCUGUGCACGUCCGCCGUGAUCAUGUAUUUGAAGAUUCCUAUCGUGAACUGCACCGGAAAUCCCCUGAAGAAAUGAAAAAUCGAUUGUAUAUAGUGUUUGAAGGAGAAGAAGGGCAGGAUGCUGGAGGGCUCCUGCGGGAGUGGUAUAUGAUCAUCUCUCGGGAGAUGUUUAAUCCUAUGUAUGCCUUGUUCCGUACCUCACCCGGUGAUCGGGUCACCUAUACCAUCAACCCAUCUUCCCACUGCAACCCCAACCACCUCAGCUACUUCAAGUUUGUUGGACGCAUUGUGGCCAAAGCUGUCUAUGACAACCGCCUCCUGGAGUGCUAUUUUACUCGGUCCUUCUACAAACACAUCUUGGGCAAGUCUGUCAGAUACACGGAUAUGGAGAGUGAAGAUUACCACUUCUACCAGGGCCUGGUUUAUCUGCUGGAAAAUGAUGUCUCCACACUAGGUUAUGACCUCACCUUCAGCACUGAGGUCCAAGAGUUUGGAGUCUGUGAAGUUCGUGACCUCAAACCCAAUGGGGCCAACAUCUUGGUAACAGAAGAGAAUAAGAAGGAGUAUGUACACCUGGUGUGCCAGAUGAGAAUGACAGGAGCCAUCCGUAAACAACUGGCAGCUUUCUUAGAAGGCUUCUAUGAGAUCAUUCCAAAGCGCCUCAUUUCUAUCUUCACUGAGCAGGAGUUAGAGCUACUCAUAUCAGGACUGCCCACAAUCGACAUUGAUGAUUUGAAAUCCAACACUGAAUACCACAAGUACCAAUCCAACUCUAUUCAGAUCCAGUGGUUCUGGAGAGCAUUGCGUUCUUUCGACCAGGCUGACCGUGCCAAGUUCCUCCAGUUUGUCACGGGUACUUCCAAAGUGCCCUUGCAAGGCUUUGCUGCCCUUGAAGGCAUGAAUGGCAUUCAGAAGUUUCAGAUCCAUCGAGACGACAGGUCCACAGAUCGCCUGCCUUCAGCUCAUACAUGUUUUAAUCAGCUGGACCUGCCUGCCUAUGAGAGCUUUGAGAAGCUCCGCCACAUGCUACUAUUGGCCAUCCAGGAGUGCUCUGAAGGAUUUGGGCUGGCCUAAUAAGGCUCCGCUCACCACUGUGGGGUUUUUCUAUCAUUGUUGGACCUGGGAAUGGGGGGAAAUGAAAACAAAAAAAGAACCAGAAAGGAAAUGUCAAAACUCAAUAAAUGAAAUCCAUCAACUCACCAUGUGUGUGUCCCAGCUUCCCCAGCGCAUACCUGUUCCCCUCUCCUGUUCAUUCUCUCUCUCUCUCUCUCCCUCUCCCUCCCCCCGCCCUUCUCCCUUUUUCCUCACCUCCUUCUCCCUGUUCCAUGCCGUCCAUGAUCUCCAGCCCAUGUGUUAAAAAGGCAUUAGCCUUUGCAGGGACCUGUUUGUCCCAACUGUUUGAACAGUGUGCUCCUCAGAUUCUGUGUUCAGAAGGAUUUGCUGCAUUGAGACUUGAAACCUUUGGAUAGGGGAAAAAAUUAUAUAUAUAUAUAUUUUUUUGUUCUGUUUGCAUUUCUUAAUUUGUGCUUGGAAUGUGUUGAUGUGCACAGCUAAUGAUUCAAUGCGAGACAAGAUUGGCGUCUGUGUUGUGGAGGUUUCAAAUAAAGAGCACUCUUCAUAACUCA